CAGUGGUUUGCUAUGCCUGUACCGAGAAAAUUAUCAGUCAAUGGUAUCAACUCUUUGGUUCAAAUGCAAUGAACGUGAUAUGUUUUUCAAACUUCGGUCAGAAGAACCAUCCAAUAAGUCUAAAUUAAGAAAAUCUAUGGUCUGGGCUACUACGUGCUCUGGAAGUAGCUACACAAAAACAAAAGAGAUACUGGCUUUUUGCGAUAUCCCAUUCAUGCCGUCAACAACAUUCACAUCAGAUGAAAGGGAAAUGGAUAUUGUGCUGGAAGAUGCUAAAGAUGCAUCAUUGGACAAAGCAGUUGAAGAAGAAAAAGCAGCCUAUCUCGAGGAGAUUCGUUCUAACGGAGCCGUAGUUAACGACGAACAGCCGAUCAAGUUGGAAGUCUCACUAGAUGCAAGCUGGGGUUCACGAAGUUAUGGAACUCGAUUUACUUCUGCAUCUGGAGCUGGAGUAAUUGUAGGCGAAAAAACUAAAAAAAUACUCUUUGUCGCAUGCCGAAACAAAAGAUGUUCAAUUUGUACGCGUGAGCAACGAAAAGGAAAAACUGAAGGAAAAACUUCUCCGAAAUCACACAAAUGUUACCGAAACUACUCAGGAGCGUCAGGUGGCAUGGAGCCCGAUAUUAUGAUUGAGGGAUGUGUUAAGCUUUUCAAAAAUAGUGUGUGGCUAACGAAGAUUACAACUGACGGUGAUUCAACCACUGUUUCGAGAAUAAAAAAUCAUGUGAAAUAUGGUCCAACCAUCGAACAUCAGCUUUGUUGUAACCAUGUGCUUAAAAACUGCGGAAAGAAGUUACGGGAGCUGAAAUGUCCAAAAGACGUUAAGGAAAUUGUUUCUAACAACAUUGGACGGAUAACUCUCGGAAUUCGUAGCGCUAUAAAACACUGUGCAGAGAAAACAAAGGGAGCAGAUGUACAAAAUCUUUAUAAAGAUAUAAGAAAUGCACCUUUUCAUGUAUUCGGACAACAUCAAAAUUGUAGAAACUAUUUUUACUCUAAGAGGUCCACGGUUGUGAAACAGCCCAUGAGGAAUAUAGAGGAUUCCUCAAUAACGAACCGGACUAUGGUUGAUGGCCAGCUAAAUGAUGAAGAACUGAAGCAAAUAGACGAGGUGUGCCACGUAGAACAAUUAAUAAAAUCGGGUGUAUGGUCAAAAAUACAAGCCAUUGUUAAUGCAGUAGCAGCUAAAGCCGAGUCAUUGAAGUAUAAUAAGACCAGUAAUAUGUAAGUACUUUUCACUAGUUUUUAACGUCUCGAGCUCGGUGAUUAUAAAAGAAAACAUUAGUGAACCACUGCUAAUUUGGAACAAACUUACAAUAUUUUUUUCGUAGCAGAUUUUUCCAAUGGGGCCGCAUGAUGAUAAUGGUGAACAUUAAAGGUUAAAAAAAUUCCAUCUCUAACAUAAAACAAAUAUACUAUCUGUGGAAAUUUUAUGUUUUAUGUUAAAUUUUCCCAGGAGACCAAAAAAUAUUAAACGAUAGGUCCCUGGGGUCUGAACCAUGCAAAACAGAAAAAAAUAUCUGGUUGAAUUUUCAUAUAGUUAGUUUUAUUAAAAGUAAAGUUGGAUAUUCUU